GGGACAGUCGGGUUGAAGUUGGCGUUCAGUGUCCUAGACGCUGUUUGCUGGAUGGUUAAAAAUACAGAAGGGAAUCAUGGAUCAGGUGAUGCAGUUUGUUGAGCCAAGUCGGCAGUUUGUCAAGGACUCCAUUCGACUGGUUAAAAGAUGCACCAAGCCUGAUAGAAAAGAAUUCCAGAAGAUUGCCAUGGCAACAGCAAUAGGAUUUGCUAUAAUGGGAUUCAUUGGCUUCUUUGUGAAAUUGAUCCAUAUCCCUAUUAAUAACAUCAUUGUUGGUGGCUGAAUACGUUUUGGAAGAGUAUUUGCAUCUUAGGAUCUGUGAACCAGUGAGGGCUUGAGAAGCUCAAGGAGUAAUGUUGGCCUAUGUUUGUUUUUCUUCCAAGAUGUUUUAUAUUUCUAAAUUAAAAUAAUUACAAAGUAAA